AGAAGAAUAUCAAUUUUGAUAGUUAAUGUUCAAACGUUUGGUCCGUAUGUUUUGGGCAGUGGAGAUUGAACUACUGAUAGGAUUUUUAUUGAAAUUUUGUUUUUAUUGCUCUUAGUUUUGUGCAAGGAAACUGAGGAUUGUUUCAUUUUAGUUACCACGGAUCCCGUUUUGACCAGAGUUCUCCUGGACGGAUUGAAACCAUGCCGUCAGAGUUACUCAAUGAUUACAUCGCAGGAGCCUUAGGCGGUUGUGCUGGCCUAAUAAUUGGGCAUCCUUUUGAUACAAUUAAGGUCCAGCAACAGACACAGAGUCACCAUGGCAUGGUGUCCUGCUUCAAGAAGAUCAGUUCGUCAAACCUAGGAAAAGGCUUCUAUAGAGGACUGACUUUCCCUCUUCUGUCAUCCAGCUUCAUCAAUUCAAUAUUCUUCGGAGUCUACGGGAACACGCUGAAUUGGUUAAAACAAGGGAAUCAUGAGAAAAAGGACACGAGGCAUUAUUUCGAUGUUUUUGUAGCCGGAGCUGUCGCCGGUGCAGCAACUGUCAUCCCCGCAUGUCCGAUUGAGGUCGUCAAGGUCAUGCUACAGUCACAGAUUAAAUCAGUUUCGAAACCAAAUGAGAAAUACUACAGGGGACCAUGGCAUUGCCUGAAAUCGAUAUUCAAGGAGUCGGGUAUUAGGGGCUGCUACAGGGGUCUAUCUGUACAUUUCCAUCGUGAUUUUUUACCAUUUGGAGUCUACAUGAUAUCAUACGAGUGGCUGCACGAUCGCAUCAGUGAACAGGCCUGGGCAGAUGAGAGAGGUGUCGCCGCUGGCCUCAUUGCGGGUGGAAUCGCUGGAGUCAUUAUUUGGGGUUGUGGCAUUCCUGUGGACUAUGUCAAAAGCAGACUGCAGAGUGACACUUCAAAGAAAUACAAAGGAACUGUUGACUGUGUUGUCAAAAGUUACAAAAGUGGAGGUAUACGUACUUUCUUUAAAGGUGGUGCUGUGGUGUGUUUGAGGGCAUUCCCAGUCAAUGCUGUUACUUUCUUCGUUUAUCGUGAGAUUUUGAAUGAACUGAACAAAGUCAAUCCUGGAGUGGUAUUGGGAUGUGAAACUGUUGGCAAUGUUUGAUCAAGCGCUGAGGAGAUUUCCAUCAUUGCGUGCCAGUGACAACCGCCGUCGUAUCAGCGAAAAUUGACUUGACACUUCUCAUCUGGCGCUGUCUGUAGUGACGGCAUACCUAUAAGCGGGACUACCAUCAGCAUUGAUGAGGAAGUGUCACUUCAGGGAUCAAUGCAUUUCAUACUGAUACACAAUAUGGGAGGAAUUUUUGUGAAUCACAAGAAUCAUAUAUGAAAAUUUGACGGGUUCCAGCCUCUUUUCUCCAUUUGCGUGCCACUUGUGUCGAUACUUUUGCAUAAUAAGACAACUGAUAUACCGUUAUCAGGGGGCAUAGACAGAGUUGAGAA